CAAUAAAUGUGGUACCAUAAAUGGCAACGGCAGUCGUCAGAGAGUGAACUGAGUCGACAAAUUUUCAUCUGCCAAUCUGCGUCGAUAUCUCCGAGACGCGAAGAUCUAGGCGCUGGCAGCCACUCCGGCUCAAAUUGUUUAUUUUUUGUUGAAUUUCAGGUCUUUUCCUUGCAGAAAUGGAGGGAAUGCGGCAGUGGAACAGUGAGUCCGGCGGCGGGUCGCCGUCGCGUGGUGCUCACGGUAGAUCGUCGUCCUUGAGCGGCAUUUCGAAUAUCAAGCGUAAUCAGAACUACGCGGCUAAAGCGGCGGCUCGGAGGCUGGCGCAGGUGAUGGCUUCUCAGGCCACCGACAAUGAUGAGGAUGAGGAGGACCUCGGGUACGGCGGCAAUGACGGGGAUCUAGGACUUCGAUUCAAUCCUCCGCUUCCGCUGUCUCUUUCAAGGCCGCCUGUUGGUAGCAACGGUGCUAAUAAAGGUAGUGGUGCGGUAAAGCCUGUGGUUCCGUCUCCGAAGAUUAACAGAUCUUCAUCUGAUGCGGUCUCCCGCAAUUUAUUGGAUGGAAUUCCACCACCUCGUUCUAGUUCAACGGGAAGACCAUCGUUGUCCACUGGAACAACGCCCUCUGUGCCUCCUAGCAGGCCGCCAUUUAAAGCUCCCGGACCUAUUCCACCAAUUGAUCCCCCUAGCAGCAGGCAACGAGAAAAAAAGUUCCCAUCGGAUGCGGGACGUCUAACAUCGAAAGAUACAGGAGAUGAACGAGCAUCUUCUGCACUUUGUGAUGAACUUGAAAUGCUACAGGAAGAAAAUGAUAAUAUUCUUGAAAAGCUUCGACUUGCAGAGGAUAGUUGUGAAGCAGCUGAAGCAAGAGUCAGGGAACUUGAGAAACAGGUUGCAUCGCUUGGAGAAGGAGUCUCUUUGGAAGCUAAACUUUUGAGCAGGAAGGAAGCUGCAUUGCGCCAAAGAGAGGCUGCACUUAAAGAGGCUAUGCAUGCAAAAGAUGAUGUAGAUGUCGAAGUGACUACAUUGCAAUCUGAUAUUAAGACUGCAAAAAAUGAGGCUGCAACUGUUGUUGAGAGACUGCAUGGAAUUGAAUCUGAAGUUAAAGCACUCCGCACAAUGACACAAAGAAUGGUGUUGACUCAACAUGAAAUGGAAGAAGUUGUUCUUAAAAGAUGCUGGCUUGCAAGAUACUGGGGCUUAGCCCUCCAACUUGGCAUCUUUCCCGAAGUUUCUGUUUCAAAGUAUGAAUAUUGGUCAUCUUUGGCACCGCUCCCUCUCGAAGUUGUUUCAUCUGCUGGCCAGAAAGCUAAGGAAGAGUAUCAUAAAAAAGGUUAUAAGAAUCCACUGAUGGAGAAACUUGUCGAGGAUUUCAAUGAUCUCUCAGGAGAAGGAACCAUUGAAAGCAUGCUGACAGUUGAAAUUGGCUUAAAAGAACUUACUUUAUUGAAGGUUGAAGAAUCUAUUGUUCUUGCAUUUGCUCAGCAUAGACGCCCAAGCUCAACUAGGACAUCAACACAAGAUAUCAAGUCAUCAAUUGAUCCAAAGUAUAUGGAAGCAUUUGAUCUUAGCCCGGAGGAAUCUGAGGAUGUUCUCUUCAAGCAGGCAUGGCUUACUUAUUUUUGGACAAGAGCUAAAGCGUACGGCAUCGAGGAGGAAAUAGCCAAUGAGAGGCUGAAACAUUGGAUCGACCGUUAUGGCCAGUUCCCAACUUCACAUGAUGCUAUUGAUGUCGAACAAGGGUUAAUGGAGCUUCGAAAAUUGGAAAUUGAACGACAACUCUGGGAAGCAUCCCGGCAAGAAACUGAUCAAAUUGCUUCUGUUGAGGGAUGAAAAUUCAGUACAAAAUAGCGGCUGCAGUUCUCAUGGUAUUUACCAGACACUUUUUACCUUAGUUGAUAGUAUAUGAUAGCUUCUGCUACGCAAGUUUUCAUCAAUUUUUUUCUUUUAUAAUGUGUUUUUUACUGUGUUACUCUCUCUUAAGAAUCUCCGAGGACGAGCAUUCGUUCUUUUCUCGUGUAAAUAUAUACAUUGAGCAACAUCUAAACUGAGUAAAAUCUUGAUGUGUCCACCAUGGUGAUCAGUAAAUGAAUGCAUUGGUGUGUAAUUUUAA